CGGUGCACACGACUGAGGCGCUAGGAGGUGGCGCUGUGGAAGUGUCCGGGGAUUUCGGGCAGCAUGAACUGCUGUGGGCUUUUCUUGCGCACAGCAGCGGUGCGUGCCUGGCCGGCUCUCGUGGCCUUCACGGUGAGCCGGCGCUCGCUGCGCACCAGUCUGCAAACCCGAGCCUUCGCCAAGGAGCUCUUCCUGGGCAAAAUCGAGAAGAAAGAAGUUUUCCCAUUUCCAGAAGUUAGCCAAGAUGAACUUAAUGAAAUCAAUCAGUUUGUGGGACCCGUAGAAAAAUUCUUCACUGAAGAAGUGGACUCUCGAAAAAUUGACCAAGAGGGAAAAAUCCCAAAGGAAACUUUAGAGAAGCUGAAGAGCCUGGGGCUUUUUGGCAUGCAAGUCCCAGAAGAAUAUGGUGGCCUGGGCCUUUCCAACACCAUGUAUGCACGGCUACGGGAAAUUGUCAGCGUGGACGGGUCGAUCGCUAUGACCCUGGAAGCACACCAGGCUAUAGGCCUCAAGGGAAUCAUCUUGGCCGGCAGUGAGGAGCAGAAGGCCAGAUACCUGCCCAAACUGGCAUCUGGGGAGCACAUUGCCGCCUUCUGCCUGACAGAGCCAGCCAGUGGGAGUGAUGCUGCCUCCAUCCAGACCAGGGCCUCGUUAAGUGAAGAUAAAAAGCACUACAUCCUCAGCGGCUCCAAGGUCUGGAUCACCAAUGGAGGACUUGCCAAUAUUUUUACCGUGUUUGCUAAAACCAACGUUGAUUCUGACAGCUCAGUAAAAGACAAAAUUACAGCAUUUAUAGUAGAGAGAGACUUUGGUGGAGUAACUAACGGGAAACCUGAGGAUAAGUUAGGUAUCCGUGGCUCCAACAUUUGCGAAGUCCAUUUUGAAAACACCAAGGUGCCUGUUGAAAAUGUUCUAGGAGAAGUUGGAGGUGGGCUAAAGGUGGCCAUGAACAUCCUCAACAGUGGGCGGUUCAGCAUGGGCAGCUCUGUGGCUGGGAUGCUCAAGAAAUUGAUCGAAAUGACUGCUGAAUAUGCCUGCACGAGGAAACAGUUCAACAGGAACCUCAGUGAAUUUGGAUUAAUUCAGGAAAAAUUUGCCUUGAUGGCUCAGAAGACUUAUGUAAUGGAAAGUAUGGCCUACCUCACUGCCGGAAUGCUGGAUCAACCAGGGUUUCCUGACUGCUCCAUUGAGACUGCCAUGGUGAAGGUGUUCAGCUCAGAGGCUGCCUGGCAGUGUGUGAGUGAAGCCCUGCAGAUCCUUGGAGGCUCAGGCUACGUGAGGGACUACCCCUACGAGCGCAUGCUGCGUGACGCCCGCAUCCUGCUCAUCUUUGAGGGAACCAAUGAGAUUCUCCGGAUGCACAUUGCCCUGACAGGCCUGCAGCAUGCUGGCCGCAUCCUGACUGCAAGGAUCAAUGAACUUAAACAGGGUAAUGUGACCACUGUCUUGGAUACUGUUGGCCGGCGGCUUCGGGACUCCUUGGGUCGAACCGUGGACUUGGGGCUGACGGGGAAUCUUGGAGCUGUACACCCCAGUGUUGCGGACAGCGCCAGAAAGCUCGAGGAGAACGUGUAUUACUUUGGGCGCACUGUGGAGACGUUGCUGCUCCGCUUUGGCAAGACCAUUGUGGAAGAGCAGAUGGUCUUGAAGCGUGUGGCCAACAUCCUCAUCAACCUGUAUGGCAUGACAGCUGUGCUGUCUCGGGCCAGCCGCUCAAUGCGAGCAGGACUUCGGAACCAUGACCAUGAGGUUCUGCUGGCCAACAUCUUCUGCACAGAAGCUUAUUCCCAGAAUCUCUUCACUUUAUCUCAGCUGGACAAGUAUUCUCCAGAUAAUCUAGAUGAACAGAUCAAGAAAGUGUCUCAGCAGAUCCUAGAGAGGCGAGCAUACAUCUGUGCCCAUCCUCUGGACCGUACAUCCUGAGGGACGGUGUUCUCUGCUGCUGCCAUCCCCUAGGCCACAGGACAUUGCUGAACAACUCUCAUUUUUUCCAGAAGAUGUAGAACCUGGAAUUAUUUCAAGUUGAACUAUUGCUUCCCAGUCUUCAUCUGAAGGUCUUUCUCCUGGCCUGAGGGAGCCUCUUCUAGACCUGACCUCUGGGCACUGCUGCCUGACAUGAUCCCAGGUUCUAAACAGAGAUGAAGAGAGAGAGAAUGGAGUUUCUGAAACCUGGGAUUGGAGGAUGUGCUAUCAGUUUAGGAAACCUUGCAAUGGAAACUGCGGCCUGUGCUGCUACCUCUGUGGCAGGAGCCUGUGGGGCCUGUUUCAGGCAUGGAUGACCAUUUCUACUAGACUACACAUUACCCAAGAAACAGCUUGAAAGCUGUAUGUGUGCCAUUCAGACUAGGUCAAGGUGCACUAAAAACAUGUACUGGGAAACAUUUAACAGAGGGGAAUAUAAAAUGGCACAGUUUGUA